AAUUAAUUAAACUCUCAGUCAGAUUUCACUGAUUUGAUUUCAGUUCAGAAUCAAAACACUUCAAAUGAAUUUUAAAAUUUUUCGAGUUUUUCGUCAAUGACUACCACACAGCAUUUUUUAUUUUGGAUAAUUGAAUUAAGAUUCAAAUGAAUGAAAUGAUCAGAGAUUGGAUCUUGAACGAAAACUGAAAUUAUGGAGAGUUUACAAGGGAAUAAAAAACAAAAAGCCGAGGACCUAGAAGUAACUGGUGUUUCAAGAAGUGGUAGAGUGAGAAAAAAAUCCUCAAAAUUGAUGGACUUUGAAUCCCCAGAUGAAAUCGAGAGAUCUUUCAAUAAGAGACAUCCAGCUAAAAAAUCUGAGUCCCUUGAAACUUCACCCAAAAAAUUGAAACAUGAUGAGAUUUUUCCUAAGGAAGAACCUUACGAAAACUUUGACAUGGAUGAAAGUGGUUCAGAAUAUAAUAGUGACUAUGAACCGGCAGCCAAUACAACCGAAUCUAGCAUAGGUUCAGUGGAAUCUGAGAGUGAUUAUGACAAUAAUGAAGGAGGAUUCAAAAGACUUGAUGCAAAUACUAAGAAGAAACUGGUCAUCAAAGAUGGGAAGAUUGUCAAACCUGAUAAACUCAAAGGAAAAGAUAAAGGUGCUUCAAAAUCGGGUUCUAAAAAGACACCAAGCAAGACAUCUCCAGUUUCUCUAUCAUCCUACCAACUGACUCUUGGAAACUAUGAAAACAGCACCAUAUCGCCUCCAAGUCCUAGAGGGAAAGAUGCCCCUUUCCGAGUAAGUGGUAUAAAACGAAUAGAUGUGGCGGCUCAUUUGAAACUCCUGGGAGAAAGUCUGACUAUUAUUGGUGAACGGCUGAAAGAACAUGAGUGUUCAUCAAAAGGAGAAAAACAACCAACUAGCUACUCAAGAUGUCCUGCUGCCCACCCGCGUGCUGUUCCCCCUGCUGCCCUCCAGCCUGCUGUGUGCCCUGCUGCCCGUCCCCGUGCUGCCUGCCCUGCUGCGUGCCCUGCGUGUACGUGCCCUGCGUGCUGCCGUGCGCCCCCUGUUGCCCCCCUUCUUGCCCACCGAAGUGCUGAUGGGCAGAGCUACUAGAUGUUGAAAAAGAGUGAAGAUAAGAAGAAUAUUUUUCCAUGUCCAGAUUGGUGUUUUUUAAAUUUGUGUACCAAUAAUUAGAUGAUGUAGUCAGGAAAUGAAGACAUGUUCACUAAAGAUGCUGUAAUAUCAUUUGAAAUAUAAUGGGUUGUUGAAAUCAAAAAAUUUGA